UUCAUGCAUGCGCGCCUUUGAGAGGCUUCGAAAUGGUUGCAGCCCCAGCCAGGGUUCUGAUUCAUGACUGCGUGACAUGACGUGCCGCAAAAUCUCAGCGCCAGUCCGAGGUCGACUUCCAUGGGGAAGCAUCACCGCGUUGGGCAAUCCGGCCGACUCUGACCAAGUUCCCUUAUGGUCGGGUUGUAAACUCCAAAGAAGGUACUAAUUUCAGAUUUCCCAGGAGGAUUUUCUCCCUUAAAGCGACGCGUUACGCUCCUCGUCCAACGGCUGUCUGUCCAACCUAUUCAAUCGUUCGGAGCAAGGUCCAGGGCAACGGCCACACCCGGUGGAGAAAGAACGUUACCACGGAAGCAAUUUCGACUGAGCAGGCCACGAUGGCGGAUACAUCACAAGUUUCAAUGUUGAAGCCACCUCUCCGCCGUGCUUGGUGGAAGGAAUCCUCGGUCUAUCAGAUCUAUCCAGCAUCUUUCAAGUCGGCCAACUGCACUGUGGACAAGGCUUCCGGCACUGUAAAAGGUGAUCUGCGCGGCAUCAUCUCCAAGCUAGACUACAUCGCUAGCCUUGGAGUGGAAAUUGUGUGGCUCAGUCCCAUCUUACAAUCCCCACAGGUUGACAUGGGAUAUGAUAUCUCCGACUACCGUGCUAUUUAUCCGGGGUAUGGCACGAUGGAAGACCACGAUGACCUCAUCAGGGGCUUGCAUGAUCGUGGCAUGAAAUAUGUAAUGGAUCUGGUUGUCAACCACACGUCAGACCAACACGAAUGGUUCAAGCAAUCACGCUCCUCGAAAGACAAUCAAUAUCGCGAUUGGUACAUCUGGCGUCCGCCACGCUACGACGACAACGGAAAUUGCGUUCCGCCGAACAACUGGGAAUCCGCUUUCUCCGGCUCUAGCUGGACUUACGACGAAGCCACGGGUGAAUACUACCUCCAUCUGUUCGCAAGUGCACAGCCCGACUUGAACUGGGAGAAUCCCGCGGUGAGAGAUGCAGUCCACUCCAUGAUGCGCUUUUGGCUCGAUCGUGGGGUCGACGGCUUCCGGAUGGAUGUUAUCAAUUUCAUAUCAAAAGAGCCUGGCCUGCCGGACGGAGAAAUCACGCGGCCUGGCUUCUUACAGUCCGGGGUGAGAUUGUUUGCCUGCGGUCCACGGCUGCAUGAAUACCUCCGAGAGAUCGGCGCUAUCCUCAGAGAAUACGACGCAUUCUCGGUGGGCGAGAUGCCCGGCGUUGAGGACACCAAAGAGAUCCUCAACGCCGUGGGACAAGAUCGUGGCGAGCUUGCGAUGGUGUUCCAAUUCGACAUUGUCGGCAUGGACGUCAAACCCGGCGGGAUCAAGUGGGACCACCAGGACUUUGACCCGCGGAACUUGAAGCACAUCGUGUCGAAAUGGCAGUCAUUUAUGCUCCAGAACGCCGGCUGGAACGCGGUAUUCAUGGAGAAUCACGACCAAGGACGUACGGUUUCGAGGUACUGCGACGACAGCGACGUGUACCGCACCAAGUCAGCCAAGUUUCUUGCGGCGCACAUGGGUCUCUUGUCUGGCACGGUUUUUGUUUACCAGGGCCAAGAACUAGCUCAAAUUAACGUGCCAGAGAGCUGGGGUAUGGACGAGUACAAAGACAUCGAGGAACUCAACCACUGGAAGACGGUGCUGAGAGACUUCCCCGAUGACAAGGAGAAACAAGCCGCCUACAGAAGGCAAUAUCGGCUCAUCGGACGCGACAAUGCCAGGACGCCGAUGCAGUGGACUGCCGACGGAGACACCUACGCCGGGUUCCUCCCUGCUGAUGCUCUCAAGGAUGCGAAGCCGUGGAUGUCCAUUCACCCUGACUUCGCGGAGUGGAAUGCCGAGGUGCAACUUGCCGACCAUGACAGCGCAUUCCACUAUUGGCAGCGCGUUCUCAAGCUCCGCAAGCAGUACAAGGACGUCUUCGUGUACGGCGACUUCGAGAUGCUGGACCUGAACAACGAGUUCGGAACCGUCCUUGCCUACCUGAGGACAGACGAUUCUGCAGAGGAUCCCAACUCACAGGCCACAAAAGUCGACAAGCGCAGAACGUGUCUUGUCGUUACAAACUUUUCGGGCGAGCAGAUAUGGUGGACUCCCCCAACCAAGGCAGGACAGGUACUGUUUGAUGGAGCCGGACUGAGGAGAGGUGCCAUUCUGGAGGAAUUCCGCAACUAUACGCGAAACGGGGAAGGGGUCAACGCGGUACGGAAGGACAGCGAAAAGGGUUGGGCGAUGCUGCUAAGGCCAUGGGAGGUCGUGGUCGCGAUGGUCUGAUGAACGUGGGAAUCCAACCAGCAUCGCUCCGUCGCAUGCAUUGGGGAAAUUAUAAGAAGAGUGAUUAGACCUCUGGGAGACGGGUCGUGUUUGUGGUUGCGAGCUCUCAUGCAGUUCGGGUACGAGUGAUAUCCGCAGUCUAUAAUAUAAUACAGCUAGAUAUUAUAUUCUCGACAAACACUGCUCCGGGCUUACGGGCAAGCCAGCGCGCAGACACGAG